AAUGGAAAAAAAAAAAAAAAAAAUUGCAGAAACGGAUGACAACAAUGAUUUAUGUUCCAGUUAUCAAAGAAUGUAAAGACUAGAGACAAAUCUAGGGCGUAGUAUGGAGAAAGCUCUCAAAGCCAAUACAGAUUCUUGCGGACUCGUUUUCAAGAAAAGAAGGGAAAAAUUAAGUAGUUAUUAGGAGACCGUACACAGAAAGGAACAUGUUUGAUUAAUAACUUAGUGAGUAAAGACUUGCCAAUGAUGUUAGAAAAAGCAGUGAACAAGGAAAUGGCGGCAGCAGGACCUGCUGUAGUUCGUUCAAUCACUCUGGCCAUUGAGAAAACAACAACUACAGCUAUUGUGGUGCCUUUCCAGAGAGCUGUGGCUGAGAAGGCAGUGAAUCAACUGGAGAAAUCUGCCAAUACAAAGCCCGAAGCUGCUGUUGCUAGGCAAAUCCAAGCACAGAUAACUUCUGGCAAACAAGCUCUCCAGGUACUUAUUAUUAAGUUUGAUUUAGAUUUCAUGAUUUUUUCCGAGUUUAUAUAAUUAAUGGUCGAUAGAAGAACAAAGCAUAACCAUCCAAGUACACCGUGGGUAUAGGUCAACUGUGGCCUGUUGGCACAACACUCACAUCUCGAGAUCAUGAGUUUGACCCUUCUCCCCCAAUAUAUCAAAAACAAAAACAAAAAAAAAGUACUCGGUGGGUAUACGAUAGAUACACCGAGAGAGAGAUUUUACAUCAAUUAUUGCAGGGUAUCUACGAAUAUUUUUAACUCGAAUAGGAUAUAUACCAUUCUCAAUUUGAAAAUGGGCAGUAGUAUGAAUAAAAUCUUACUCAACAAAAAAUAAAUGAAAAUGGGUAACUCCUACAAAUGAGAGUCGUGUAAAAGCCACGUUUGGGCAAAUAAAUGCAAGAGUUCAGAAAGGCAUGGUUGAGCAUACAACUGCAGCUCACAUCUCUCCGAGUCUGCUCAUCGGCAUCGCUCUACGGGUGUCCACAAGCGUUCCAAACUUCAGAAAGGCACGAUUCCACAUGCAAUAGACUUUUUUUUUUUUUGGGAGGGGGGUGCUUGUUUCAGCAAAAUCAAGCUGGUUUAGAGCCUAAACAGAUAAAAACACCAGUACAAUCAACACCCCCCCAACUUUCCCCCAA